AUGGAGGUCGCAGCUCUCUUGUUGAUGCUGCUGGUUGCACAUGUGCAGCGAAGUCGUCCUCAGACGUCUGGUGCAAAUGUUCACAUCGUUCCAUCCAGACUGCAGCUCUUUGAAUACGAGUCGGUGUCUUUUACCUGCGAAGGGGCGAACGUCUCCACCGGGUGGAAAGUGAGGAGCAUGAAGAAAUUCAUUCAGAGAUGCUCCAACGGCACAACGUUGACCUGCAGCAUCAUUUAUUCCUUUGAGUCGGACAGCGGAACUUACUGGUGUGAAAACGGAGAGCAGAGGAGUAACGCUGUCAACGUCACCGUCACCGCUGGUUCUGUGAUCCUGGAGAGUCCUGUUCGUCCCCUGAAGGAGGGAGGAACCGUGACUCUUGGCUGCAGAAACAAGACGACGUCCUCCAACUUCACGGCUGAUUUCUACCAAGAUGGCCGCCUUGUCGGGAGCAACACCACGGGAAACCUGACAAUCAAACGAGUUUCCAGAUCCAACGGAGGAUUCUACAAGUGUCAGAUCUCUGGAGCUGAAGAAUCUCCAGAAAGCUGGCUGACAAUCAUGAGUAAAUCCCAUACAGGUGAUGACUUGACCCCAGAGAGUUCUGUGACUAAAGCGGCCAUCCCAGAUUAUAAAGGCUCAGUGACAAAAAGUGAGGACUCAAACACACAACAAAAGCACAAAACGGCAUCACGCAAGCUGAUGAGUUUUUCGCUCUACAUCUACGUCCUGCUUUGGGUUUCCAUCGUCGUUGUGUUGGCUCUGCAGCUGCUGGUGUUGGGACUGCUUUACUGGAAGAAACGACUCGUCCAAACAGAGAUACAGAUGAGUGACCCGAACAAGGACAUGUACAUGACGCCCAGAAGUGUCAAGAAAAAGAAAGACGCUGCAGACAGUCUGAGCUUCGACCUCGACGCAGACCACAGCAGGAACCCAGAAAAAGAUGAAGAUGAACCCCUGCCUCAAACUUUUCACCCACUUACUGGCGACUCUCUGCAGGCUCUUUGAAAAUGGUUGCUGAUGUUAUUUCUACGUGCUUUCAGAUAUUUUGUACGCAUUAAUGAACACCUUACUGGGAUGGUUUACUGGUUCUUUUGACCAGGUGACGAUGAUGCCAAAG